ACGAGGCAGACGUGUGUGCGUGUGUAUAUUUCUUUAAUAAAUUAAAGAAUUAGGUAGUGUCGUGUCGUGGUAUUGUGAUUAAAAUGGAGGAUAAAAAUCAACAAGACGCGCCGAAAUCAAAAGUUGAUUUGAACGAUGUGGAGAUGGUUUUCGGUACACCAACGUCUCCCAAAUCAGCUCGACCUGAUAUUAUCAUUGAAAAUGAAAAGAGCCAUAAUAAAAAUACAGACAAGAAGCAAGGAACCGAAAAUGAAACGGAAGGUUCUCAUCAAACACAACCUCUACUUGAACCAGACAAACAACCACAGUCACCACCACUUGCAGGUCCAGAGAUAGACGACUUGGAUAUUCCCCACGCAGACGCAACUCCGUACCCAGGCAUUGAUGAUGGACUUUUGGAACCUGGAGACAAACUGGAACCGCACGAAAAACACGACAGCGAUAGACCUGAGCACGAAGGAUCGGACCACUCGACGCGCGAAGACGGCGUCGGUACAGUCGACGGUAAAUGGCCUUAUCCAGACGCCGACGAGCCUGACUAUCCAUACGAUGGCGCCAACGGUUUCGGCUACAGGUUCAACGUUGAUGAUCGGCCCGGCUCCCCUGUGAUACCUGGCUCUAUUCCCGACGUAAACACCUACCAGCAGAAGAAAAACUUGGCUCAAGGUAUGAUGGACCUGGCACUACUUUCAGCCAACGCGAACCAACUUCGAUAUGUGCUGGAAUCUGCAUCUUCGCAUCCUUACUACUUCCCUAGUCUCACUUUUAUUGCAAUGAGCAUUGUUUUACAGAUCGCUGUCGGUGUGGGUCUAAUUAUGAAUAGUAGGUACAACGUGAAGGACGACAAGGAUAUUUGUAAGGCGGACAAAAUUAAUAACUUUACGGUACUCGGAGUGUUUCUGAUAACAAUAGUGAAUGUGUUUAUAACUUCGUUUAGUGUGGCCACUCCGGCAGUUCCAGUGACUUCUGUGGUGGUAGGUUCAACUGGCAGUGGAUAGUACUUGGCUAAUUACUUUAAUCUUGGUUUCCUAUUUGUAAUGGGAUAAGUUACCUUUAGCUCAAACUUUUCGUUUUGGUUGUAUCCAGUAUUCCAAACGAAUACGUACCUAGUACAUAUCUGAACCUUAGUAGGCAAACGGACUAUGAGCAUGAUUUAUCUUACUAAUAUUAUUCAAAUGUACUUUUAGAAGUUCCAAAUAAGCAAUGGAGUGUUGCUCAAGUUUUUAUAUUGAAUUUUUUACUAUUUGACUAUACUUAAGUUUAGUUCAUGUUAAGGUGCUAUUAUCAUAGUUUGAAAGGACUAGAAAUCUCUAGACAAUAUAAUGUAAUGACCUACAAUCUUAUGCUCAUUUUUAGUGGUUUAAUGUCAAACCCAAGUCACUCGACUGUUUUAUAUGCAUUUACUAUAAGAAUAAGUUAUAAGAAUCUCAUGUGAAACUUGAUCUUAUACAAGAAAUCUGAAAUUUGAAUGUUACUUAAUUUUAAGAUAUUUUUAUUG